AUGGGGCCCCGCCCCCCGCCGCGCCCCGGGGCCAAUCAGAAUGUGCGGAGGCGCCGCUGGGAGGCCCGGAGGCAGGCGGGCGGGGUAGCCGGCGAGUUCCCGGGUCGCUGCUGCCCUGGGGGAGCCCGGGGCCGCGGGGCCGCCGCCACUGGUGCCGCGCCCCUCAACACGGCGCAGCCCGGGGUCGCCACCUCCCUGCUCCAGCGGGUGCCAAGUUCGCGGCCAGCAGCGCAAAGGGCAACGUACGAGGUGGAGGUGGUGAUGCAGCACGUAGAUAUGGAAAACUCCUAUCUUUGUGGAUACUUGAAGAUUAAAGGCCUUACAGAGGAAUAACCCGACCUUACCACUUUCUUUGAGGGGGAUAUCAGUAAAAAGCACCCCUUCUUAACGCGGAAAUGGGAUGCAGAUGAAGACGUCGAUCGUAAACACUGGGGAAAAUUCCAGGCCUUUUACCAAUAUGCGAAAACAUUUAACUCGGAUGAUUUUGAUUACGAGGAUUUGAAGAAUGGGGACUAUGUCUUCAUGAGGUGGAAGGAGCAGUUCCUAGUCCCAGAUCACACGAUCAAAGACAUCAGUGGUGCUUCCUUUGCUGGGUUUUAUUACAUCAGCUUCCAGAAGUCUGCAGCAUCUAUAGAGGGCUAUUACUACCACAGGAGUUCAGAAUGGUAUCAGUCUCUGAAUCUAACUCAUGUCCCUGAGCACAGUGCACCCAUUUAUGAGUUCCGAUGACAGGUGGACAGAAUGAUACCAAGUGAAAACAACACGGGCAGGAGAGAGCGUGAUCUGCCACAAGAGAUGUGUCCCUGUCGCAGUGGGGGCGACACGCGCUUCUCUUGUGCCCAACGGACUUGUGAAAGAAAGCAUGAAUGUCAGCCCAUCCGAGGAGCAUGGCUGCAGGAGCUGGAGUCUCCCUCCUGCCAAGUGGCAAUUUGAUCUUUAAUCUGAUUUUAAAGCUACCUUUAAAUGCACUUUCUUUUUGCACAGCUAGUUUCUUUAUCACUGAAAUUCCUCCUGACCCCCUUCUGGAAGUUUGGUCCUAGCUGGAAUCAAGACCUUUUCAUCUGAGUAAUAAGAAAACAUAAGCUCAGCACUUUUGGUUUCGUGUUACGUCCUAGUAUGGAUUGAAAUAUAAAGAACUGUGGCCGUUCACAUUUGUCGCUCUGCCACUUCCAGAACCUGGGCGUGUCGAUGCAUUAGUAAGGUUUUGCCUAGCGGAGAGAACUGCUGAUCUGGAGAGUCGUCUACAGAAGCAUUUGGCUGAAACAGACAAGUCUUGAAGACCUAAUGAAUCUCCAGCUCGUACUGGCUAAUGAGGUUAGCCGGAGCUGCAGAUCUCUCAGGAACACUAGCCACUCCUGAGCUGCAAGCUGUUCCUUUGUCUCGAUAUGCCAUGGGGAAUAGAUUAAAUGUAAAGACUUCCAGGCCCUCAGUAGAAGUGGAUCUGAGCUCUGCUUACUAAGUGUAUAUUUGCUCUUUACUUAAGGGUAAAAAAAUAAAAAAGACUUUUAAUAAAAAAAAA